UCCACUCAAAACCAGAGAAAACUUUGGUUCUUUGGCAACGGCGCUUGGGGCAGCUGCAAUUUCGGCGUUUCAACACACCAACAACUCAACAAUAUGGGAAACACUGACUCAAAGCUCAACUUUCGGAAGGCAGUUGUGCAGCUGACGCAGAAGAAUCAAAAAAUUGAUAACAAUGACGAACAGUUCUGGGAGCAGUUUUGGCAGGCCCAUCAAACAACACUCGAGGAUGUGUUCGCAUUGGUAACGCCCAGUGAAAUCCGUCAGAUACGUAACGAUAAUCCGGCCAAUCUGGCUACACUUUGCUACAAAGCGGUGGAGAAACUAGCACAAGCAGUGGACAGCAGCUGUCGUACGCAGGCGGAGCAACAAUGCGUGCUUAACUGUGUGCGGCUGCUAGUGCGCAUAUUGCCUUACAUAUUCGAGGAUGACAAGUGGCGUGAUUUCUUUUGGAGCAGUCUGCCAGCGUCACAGCAGCAGGAGGCGGGUAAUCAUACACCAACCGUACCGCUAGCUCAGUCUCUGCUGAAUGCCAUAUGUGAUUUGCUCUUCUGUCCGGACUUUACGGUGACGGCAACACGUCGUGCUGGCCCCGAAAAGGCCGAGGAGCUGGCCAAUAUUGAUAGCUGCGAGUAUAUUUGGGAAGCAGGCGUGGGCUUCGCACAAUCACCGCCACACAAUGCAAACAUGGAGCGUCGACGCACAGAGCUGCUAAAGCUGCUGCUUACCUGCUUCUCAGAGCCUAUGUAUCGCACGCCAGCUCAAUCGGAGGAGCCCAACAAGUGGAUUGCUUACUUCACCUCCGCUGACAAUCGUCAUGCAUUGCCGCUGUUUACCUCAUUUCUUAACACAGUUUGCUCCUAUGAUCCCGUCGGCUUCGGUGUGCCUUACAAUCAUUUGUUAUUUGCCGACACCACAGAGCCGCUGGUGGAAGCUUGCUUGCAGCUAUUAAUAGUAACCCUGGACCAUGACAUGGUGGUGCAACAGCAGCAACAGCAACAACAACUAGCGCACACAGCUGGCGGCAUGCUAGUGACGCCUUACGAUGAAAGCGGCUGCGGUGAUAAUUUGUUUAUAAACUAUUUAUCACGUGUACAUCGUGAUGAGGAUUUCCACUUUGUGCUCAAGGGCAUAACGCGACUGCUUAAUAAUCCGCUGGUGCAAAAUUAUUUACCCAACUCGACGAAACGUCUGCAUUGCCACCAAGAGCUGCUCAUACUAUUCUGGAAGAUUUGCGAUUAUAAUAAGAAAUUCCUAUACUUUGUGUUGAAAAGUUCCGAUGUGCUGGACAUUCUUAUACCCAUACUGUAUCAUCUCAACUACUCGCGUGCGGAUCAAUCUCGUGUGGGACUCAUGCAUAUUGGAGUCUUUAUACUGCUGCUGCUGUCAGGUGAACGCAACUUUGGUGUGCGUUUGAACAAAGCUUACUCAGCUACUGUCCCUAUGGAUAUUCCCGUGUUCACUGGCACGCAUGCGGAUCUAUUGAUAACCGUGUUUCACAAAAUCAUUGCCACAGGACAUCAGCGCUUGCAGCCGCUUUUUGACUGCCUGCUGACCAUACUGGUGAAUGUAUCUCCGUAUUUGAAAACGCUCUCGAUGGUCGCCAGCGUAAAGCUGCUGCAUCUGCUCGAAGCCUUUAGCACACCCUGGUUUCUGCUCUCAGCGCCCAGCAAUCAUCAUUUGGUUUUCUUUUUACUGGAAAUCUUCAACAAUAUUAUACAGUACCAAUUUGAUGGCAACUCCAAUCUAGUCUAUACCAUAAUACGCAAGCGUCAUGUGUUUCAUGCCAUGGCCAAUUUGCCAACGGACAUGGCUGGCAUUUCUAAGUGCUUGAGCGGACGCAAAGCGGGCGGUAAAUUUAAUUUACCGCGUGUGCCGCAACGCAAGCAAGCAGUGUCAAGUCAGGAACUGCCUUCGGCGCAUGCGGCCGACGACUAUGUCGAGGAGGAGGAUGAAGACGAGGAGGAGGAAGCUGAUGUGGAAGCACAUAUGUCAGCAGCAGUGGAUAAGCUGACCAUUGCCGAGGAGGAUCUCGAAUCGGAAACCGAAUCACAUGAGCGCUCACAGCUAGGCGAUGCACAGCCGGAUGCGGGCAUAGUACUGACAGCGCAGCCUGCUGAGCCGGGCACGCUAAAGGCCUCGCUGUUGGACACGCCAGACAUAGGCCAGAUGACCGAGCGGGAGCAGGCCCAUCCCACUGAUAAGGCCGAAAUGUCACCUGUGUCAACGCCACGUGGCGGCAACGACGGUGACUCCAAAUCCUCUUCGCCCACAUUCUCGCGUGACGACCAGACGCGUUUGUCGGUGGCGCAUCGUGCCAGCAUACGCAUGGUGCCUACAGAUGGCGAUCGCUGGGCACCUACACCCGAAUGGAUUGUGUCCUGGCGCUCCAAGCUACCGUUACAGACCAUUAUGCGUUUGCUGCAGGUGCUCGUGCCGCAGGUGGAAAAGAUUUGCAUUGACAAGGGCCUUACUGAUGAAUCUGAGAUUCUCAAAUUCUUGCAACAUGGCACGCUGGUUGGCCUGCUGCCUGUGCCGCAUCCGAUACUCAUACGCAAAUACCAGGCCAAUUCUGGCACCACUGCCUGGUUCCGCACUUAUAUCUGGGGUGUAAUCUAUUUACGCAAUAUUGAGCCGGCUAUUUGGUAUGAUACGGAGGUCAAGCUAUUUGAGAUUCAACGCGUCUAACCUCAAUUGUAAGUGGCGGACAAUAACAACAACAUACACAUUCGCAGCUACAUGUCGUUUAUCCCAAAACAUAAAAACGCUUUUGAAAUCUUAUGGUAGUUAAUUUAUUUAGUUUAUAAAACAUUCCCAAAUUUUCAAUUGUAAAGAGGGCCAAUUUAAUGAUUUAUUUCUUUUCGAAUGGCUCAUAAAAAAAUCAUUUAUAAGGCUUUAUCAGUUGUAAACGUUUUUCGACAGUUUUGUUUAUCAGCUUUUAUCUCUUAACUGAAUUUGCUUUUACCCAGCAUUUAAUUAUUGACAUACUUAGUUCCUUGUGCCGUAAUUGUAAAUUUGGCUUAAGUAAUUUAUUUGUUGAAUAAUUUGUCACAAUAAUCCGCGUAGAAAGUUGUGUAUUUAACAUUUGUUUGAGUUGCUUUAUUUUUGUAAUAGUUUUCAAAUAUUGUACAAAGCUUUCUAAAUAGCAUAUUUUUUAAUUUACUGUAGAGAAUUGGUGUACUUAGACAAACAUUUAUUUAAAACUAUACAUAAUUGCUUUAACUUUAUAUACAGCUUACAGUUAACCUCAAGCAUAUAGAUAACACAACCAAA